ACCGAUAGAUCUCAAGAAAGUAGAGCCAUAAAAGAGACCGUGUCUUGAUUCUUGUCUUCACAUUUUCACACCUAUCCCGAUCUUCAUCUUUUUACUUUCUUUUUGUUCCUUUAAAAGCACCAAAGUUUUCCAAAUUUUUGAUCAUUUCUCUCAAAUGGGUUCCACAAUUUUCUUCAUCUUUCUUCUCUACCUUUCAUUUCCUCACCAUCUGUUUGAAAACCAAUAUGUUCUGGUUUCCGGCGAUGCAAAUUUGAUUCAGAAAACUUGCAAAACCACCAAGUACUACAACUUUUGCUUGCAAGCUCUCAAAUCUGAUCCAACAAGCUUAAAUGCUGAUACCAAAGGCUUGGCAUUGAUAAUGGUUGGGAUUGGUUUGUCCAAUUCCACAUCUACUUCUUCCUACUUAUCCUCUCAACUGCUUAGCACUAAAAACGAUGAAAUUACAAAGAAGGUUCUCAAGGAUUGUGCUAACAAGUAUACUUAUGCUGGUGAUGCCCUUCAAGCUUCUGUUCAAGAUUUGGCUGCUGAGUCCUAUGAUUAUGCUUCAAUGCAUAUUUCGGCAGCUGCAGAUUACCCAAAUGCCUGCCAUAAUGCAUUCAAAAGGUAUCCAGGCUUGGUUUACCCACUAGAACUUGCACAUAGAGAGGAUAGUCUCAAGCACAUCUGUGAUGUUGUUUUGGGAAUUAUUGACAAUCUAAUUAGUUGAUUGGUAAUUGCUUCCCCUUCUUCUUAUUAUAUGGAUCUUGGGUGUUAUUUUUUUUCAUUUGGACGUAUGUACGUUUAGUCAUGCUUCUUUAGAAGUUUUAUACGAUUGUUAUUGUUAUCAGCA